AUGCCAGAUGAAUUGAAGUGGCCUAGUACGAAGAGAAAGCAACGACUCCCAAUGGGUGCACCCAUGAGAACACCACCUGUCUCCGAGCAACCUCGGUUCAUGAAGCACAACAACAACUCCACAUCCACUGAGGUUGAUAUUAAGUCUAAACCAACCAAAAUAAAGGAGCCUAAUCCGGCUGGUAACCAUGGAUCCAAGGGUUCCUCUUCUAAGGUCCCUUCAGAAGGUGAAAACUCGGUUUCUAAGGACAAGAUGAGUGAGGAUCCAGAAAAUGAGAAACCAAAAUUAUUGAUCAGGCUUACUAGAGAAGAGAUUGAAGAAGAUUAUCUUGCAAUGACUGGAAAAAAGCUUCCAAGAAACAAGAUGAGGAGGGACUAUCUAGUGGUCUGA